CUCGUGUCGACCUGUAGGGAGAGUGUACAAACCCGGAUAAUCACACAAGAAAGGACAGGCUUGAAUCACAUUACAGAUAUUGCUGCAGUCAACUGGGACGCUACUGACGUGAACAGAAACUAUCUGUGUUGAAGUGAAACUUUGGUGAUCUGCCAAAUGACAUGUCAACGCUGAAACAUGUGGAUUUAUGGAUCAAUUGUGUUUUUAUGCUAUCUGACUGUUCAAGGUGAAGAGGAAUGUGCGCCUGGAAAAUAUGGGGAUGGUUGUAGUCAAAAUUGUUCUAAAAACUGUAAACCUCUUCCAAAUGGCAUAGUGCUCUGUCACAAAGAAACCGGAGAAUGCUUCGAAGGAUGCAAAGCUGGUGUGUACGGUGACCAGUGUAAUGAACCGUGCAGCAAAAAUUGCCAAGGAGACAUCUGUAAUCAGCACAAUGGACAUUGUACACUGGGCUGUAGAGAAAAUCACAUCGGCGACUUCUGUGAGACUUCCCAAGAGAUUUACACCGUGCAUCAAGGUACUACCUAUAGCAGUCAUACCACCGUUACCACAGGUGUGUCACCGACAAGCAGUUCCCAGGUCAUCAUUCCAGUUGUUGUAGCAGUACUUGUCCUUAUCCUUAUCCUUGUGGGCGCAGUGGCUAUCAUCAUAUGGCGCAGAAAGAAGAAGAAGAAGAAGAAGAAGAAAAGUCAACGUGACCCCGGCGGUGAGGAGGGAUUUCCCCUAGCACCUGUCUCGGAAACACAGAUAGAGUGCGGGAGGCGAGAAGCGGGAUCCAACCAGGGCGAUAGUGCCUGGAGCGAGGGGAUAGCACUGAUACCUGGGUCUUCACAGGAGUCUGAUGUACACGCGACACCGACUCCCGCACGUGGAGACACCCGGGCAGACGCCGACCUCCGUGACGCCUGCAUGGAGGGCAACCUGGCGAAGAUGAAGAGGAUCCUGUACACAGGUCGGGCUGACGUCAACUGUAGAAUUGUGGGCGGGAUGACACCGGUGAUGUGGGCAGCAGUGAGGCGACACAGGGAUGGGGUGGAGCUCCUUGUGAGUCGAGGUGCUGAUGUGUCACUGGUGGACGAUGACGGUAACAACAUCCUUCACUGCGCCUGUGUGGGAGGAGACAGGAAGACGGUGGAGCUUGUCCUGUCUCUGGACGUGGUGGACAUCAACUGUAGAGGACUGGGGAGCAGGACACCGGUGAUGGUGGCAGCAGUGAGGCGACACAGGGAUAUGGUGGAGCUCCUUGUGAGUCGAGGUGCUGAUGUGUCACUGGUGGACGAUGACGGUAACAACAUCCUUCACUGCGCCUGUGUGGGAGGAGACAGGAAGACGGUGGAGCUUGUCCUGUCUCUGGACGUGGUGGACAUCAACUGUAGAGGACUGGGGAGCAGGACACCGGUGAUGGUGGCAGCAGUGAGGCGACACAGAGAUGUGGUGGAGUUCCUUGUGAGUCGAGGUGCUGAUGUGUCACUGGUGGACGAUGACGGUAACAACAUCCUUCACUGCGCCUGUCUGGGAGGAGACAGGAAGACAGUGGAGCUUGUCCUGUCUCUGGACGUGGUGGACAUCAACUGUAGAGGACUGGGGAGCAGGACACCGGUGAUGGUGGCAGCAGUGAGGCGACACAGGGAUGUGGUGGAGUUCCUUGUGAGUCGAGGUGCUGAUGUGUCACUGGUGGACGAUGACGGUAACAACAUCCUUCACUGCGCCUGUAUGGGAGGAGACAGGAAGACAGUGGAGUUUGUCCUGUCUCUGAACGGGGUGGACAUCAACGUCAGGAACAACUACGGGAAGACGGCGGCUGCCGUGGCAGGAGGAGGGGGACAUCAUCAACUGUCGGAUCUCCUGGUGUCACGUGGUACACAUGAAGUGAAUGUAGUGUUGAUGUAGACAGUGAUGGAGGACAUAUAGUUACUGACACUGACGUGGUGUGUGCCGUUCACUUUGUUGCGUUGUGUAUAAUUCAGUAUGAAGGUGAGAAUAUUUGUUGUGUUUGAGGAGAAAUAAAACUUGUUGAGAACAUUU